AUGAACAAUGACAUAGAGGAUGUCGAUUAUUCAAAAGACUUUGCUUGCGAUAAAAAGAUCCUUGUGACUGCUUCAAGUAAUAACGCGGUGAAUGUCUUAACAGAAAGAUUGAUACACCAUGGCGUCAAUGUAGUCAGAAUAGUAGCAGAUGAAAGAUAUGACGAGUUGAGUGAUAAAGUACUUCAAGUUACUUUACUCUACAAGGCGUACGACUUUUGCAAGAAGAAUAAAGUCAACAAGAACUACGAAGAUCUUUCACAAAUGAAAGAAAUCCUCAAAAUCCGAAUUAAAAU